AUGGAUCUUACCCGUGCUCCCAUUACUGUCGCAUGGUUACUUGGUACACUCUUUAUCAUGUAUCUUCAAGUUAUAAAGCUUGCUAGCCCAUUAGAUCUCUACUUCGAUUUCAAUCUUAUGAUGAAGAACCAAGAAUACUAUAGACUCAUAACAAGCCUCUUAUACUUCGGUCCAGCUGUACCAGCAACACUCUUCAGCUUGUUAUCCUUCGCUAACUUUGCUUCACUUAUUGAAGUUGAUCUUUUCGGAAGAAAGCCAGCUGAAUUCGUUGUAUUCCUCCUUUACGUAUCUAUCUCAAGUAUCCUUUCUUCCGUUUUCACACGUGAAGUCUUCUUCGGUCCAAUCAUUACUUUGACUUGCCUCUAUUAUUGGACAAAGCAUCAUGGCAACAUGUCCAUGCAGAUCAUGGGCCUUCCAAUUAACAUCAAGGCCGCCUACGCUCCAUUUGCCUACACUGCUAUGAACUAUUAUCGCCAGGGCUUCUGGGGCAUGAUUCCAAAUGUCAUCGGUAUUGUUUUAGGCCAUCUCUACUUCUACUUCCAUGACGUUACAAACGUCAGAUUUGGAAAGAAAUUCAUUGGAGCUCCAAAGUGGCUCAACCAAGCUUUCGAGUAUGUUGAAAAAUUGUUUGUAUAA